CAAUAUCUUUCAAUGUCAUUUGUUUUCGCGAGUGCCUAUUUUUGUAAAAUUUUGAAAGAAUCUGUUACAAUAAUGAAUAAAAACUUCUAAAUAUAAUGUAAAAUUCUUAAUAAUAGUAUUAAAUCAUUAAAAUGAUGAACUCUUUUCAUAACACUGUAAAAUAUUUACGAUUGGUAAACCUCAAAUCCGCUAUUAAUGUGGCAAAGGAGUGCAAGCCGAACUAUAUUCAUAAUGUUCCGAAGGAGAAAUUCGAUUUUGUGUCUAAGGCAAAGACUAUGUAUUUUAGUCCACGAUCUAUAGACGUAGAGAUAUCAGACAAAGUUCCUGAAGGCAGAAUCAAGCAGAACCCAGUGCCCUACAUCCCUAUUGUAAAUCCCAGGAGUAUUCUGCCUCUGAUUGAGGAUUGGAGGAAGGAUGAGAUAGGCCUGCCGUCGGCGAGGAAUGAAGAGAUCCAGGCUGCUCGUCUGAUAGUCAUCAGGAGGAAGAAAAUGAAGAAACAUCAGCGCAGGAAGCUGUGGAAGCGAAUGAGGUAUCGUUGGGCCAGGGUAAAGCAGCGCCGUCGUCAAGUUAAAGAGAAGAUCUUCCAGAAUGGUCUUCUAGCAAUGAUUAAGGAAGCGAAUGAGUUCUCAGCGGAGGCUUACGUCACAGGCAAGAUACAGAAGGCCAACCAUACUCCGUUACCAACCCGCUGGAGACACAAACGUCUGCCGCAGUUCAUCAUCAGACAACUCCUAGGGCUAGACAAGAAGAUCAAUUAUAAACAUAGUGAUGUGUAUAAAGCUUGAAGAUCAUGCAUUUCAGGAUUUUGUAUUGGUUGAUUCUAAUAAUAGAACUGUGUGUAGUUUCUCCUGCUAAUUAAUACCAGAAACAAUUUCUUUGUUUACACUUUAUUGCUACAAUUAUGUGAACUUAAAACAUAAACAGCCUAUAAUUAUAUUGGAGGAAACUUUACCAUGCUGCUCCACAGUGGGUUGGAGAAAGUGUUUUAUGCUUAACCUCUCAUAUGCCGAGAUACCAGACACAAUAGAUUUUACAUUGUGUCUGGUCGAGAUCCGCGUUCCGGCGUUCGAAAGAUUAAUAGCAAAAACUAACAGUAAAAUGUGCCAUCUGAAGUACAGAUGCUAAAUGAAAAAAAUGAUUACAAUAUUAUAAAUAGUAUAUCCAGGAUAGGCAUAAGCCUGACGUCUAUCUAGAAUAAUAUGAAUGUUAUUUUAUGAUCAAAACUAUAGUAAAACAUUAUACAUCAAUGGUUCUAAAGGUGUCAAGACUGGUUAUACAGUUUACCAAAGACCAUCUUAUGGAAGUCAACCAUUACAAUAAAAAUAUUUACUGGCUUUUAAGUUUAUAACAGAAUUGUGUAGAAUAUAAUAGUUAAUUGGAA